AUGGGACAGAACCAGGUCAAACAGGAAGGAGGAGAACCAGCCCAAAGUGAAGGAUUGGAGGACGCUAGGCCAAGCACUGAGUCUGGAGAUGUAGUCAGUCAUACAGGUGAUGUCAUGGAGGGAGGAAGCGCUUCUGAGGAAAAGGAGGAGGAGGAUGGCAGCACCAGGAAAAAUUCAGGGGAACCAGAUGCUCAGGAUCUGGAUGGAAGCCCCGGCCAGGAGCCAAUAACACCUUCUAGUGAAAGGCACAUAAACUCCCGGGUUAGUCCUUUUGCUGCAAGGGAGGUGAGACAGGGAGGGGCUGCAGGGAAGGAAAGAGGAGGAGGAGGAGGAGGAGGAGGCAGGACUGUGCCACUGGUUCCACAGGAGACAGACAAGAACCUCAAGAGCGGUGAGAAGACUGAGGAGAGAGCCAACACAUACAACCCUUUCAAAGAAGCGAAGAGAGAGAAGAGUAAGAGAGAGGAGGAGCUUCACAGAUCCUCAACGGUCAAGAUGGAGAACCAGGAAGAAGAAACCAUCCCACAGGAGGAUCAGCAAGAUGAAACCUCCUCAGCUGAAAGGUACAGAGAUGUUGUUAGUGUAAAGGAUGCAAAGUUAUCGAACAGAGGAAAGGGCUCAGCAAAAGUGAAGAAGAGCAGAUUUGGGGCUCAUGAGGGAAGUCAGCUGUUAACAACUGUUCAGCUCGAUCACAAUGACACCAUGAUGCUGAAUGAAGAUAUUAAACUCUGUGCAGAAACAGUGGGCCGCUUGACUGAGAGGAAGGAACCGCCUACCGCUCAACGACAACAUCCUUUGGAAAACAGCGUGCAGAAAGAGUCUCUAUUAGACAUGAGUGAUACCAUUCAGAGUGGACCUCCAAACAUGAAACCAGAGAUUACUACAAAAGAGGAAACGCCAACAGUAGCUUUGAAAGACUACUCUUCGACUAAACCAAGAGUUUCAGACUCAACGAGGCCUCAUCUACUGAUGGACACAACUGAAGACAACACAAGUCAGACAACAGACUUGGAUCAGGCAUCAAACCCAGACUCACCUAAAGAGCCCAGCUCUAUUCUGGAGAAACUGCUGAAGAGGAACAGAAAGGAGGCGAUCCCAGAUCUUUCCGAGAUGAAAGAGGUCCACAUGAAUGACAAGGACACCACAGAUGGUACCACAAAGAGGAUUGUUUACAGUGCAGCAACAGAGCCGUGCACUGAUCAAAUCCAACAUUCAGAUGUUGGCACACCUCUGUCAGCAUGUGGUAUGAAAGAGCUGGAAAAUCUCCCUGCAACAGAUCUUCAUAUCAAGGACCUGGAUUUCAAACAGAGAGAUGUCGGUGACAGUUUAACCUCAGAUGUUCUUUGUUUUCAGCCUGAAGUGACUGGAAAUAUUGUCAAUGAGAGUUCAGUCACACAAUUACUUCAUUCCAAAGCUGAUUGUCAGAGUUCAGAGGAGAAGAUAAACUCAACAGAUGUUAAACCCGAGGAGGGGGUGGAGAUAAAAACAAACAUCAGCUCCUCAGAACACUUACAAUCACAUGAAAGAGCGUCAUGUGAGGAGAGCGGUGUGAUCACUGAGGAAUCUACACCUUCAUCAGACCAUGAUGCAAAGUCUCUCCCAGCAAAAAGGGAUGACUCAGGUCAUUUACAUACCUCUGACAAGACACACAAAAAUACUAUAGGCCCACCUCUGCAAAUAGAGAAUGGCAGUGACAGCAAAGCUCAACAGGAGUCAUCUGACUUUGCGAGCUCAGAGGCUCAACCUGAGAGGGAGAGGCAGGAGAAGGACUCCACUGAGGAUACUGGUCAAGCUGUGGAGACUGGUUUAGUUUCGGUUGAAGCCAGCGCAGCCGUCUCAGAGGAAAAACAAGGCAUGAAGCAGGAGAUUCACACUAACCCUUCCCAAGAAAACAUGACGGAGGAACAACCUGAUAAAAAACCUGGCAGUGAGAGAGGCGACGCUGUCGUUAGGAGGAACAAAUCCCAAAGCACUCCUAGAACUAGGCCUGUUUCUGACCUCAUAAAGGAAUCUGUUCAGCUGCAUGAAAAGCUGCAGCACCAGGACUGGCCCAAGCCCAUGGAAGUCAAGUGUGAUGAUCAGGGCCAGUCUGUGAAAGUGGCACAGAUGAAGGCGGCUUUUGACUCUGCUCAGAAAUCCCCUGAAAAGGCAGUAGAAAGGAAGCCAUCGAUGAGAAAAGGUAAGUGUGAUAUCUAAAUUGCAGUAUUUGUAUAAGAUUCUGCAAACAGAACACAUAGAGCACUGAUAGGAAAAGAGGUAAAGUGAUUAGUGAGUCAUUAAAUAUUGAAGCAGCAACUCACCAAAGAAGUCUGCAGACGGAUUCAUCACAAACACUUGCAUCAACACUCAUCUAUGGGUCCAAGGAAGGGUGGAGGGAAAAAAAUAGAUGAAAAAGAAAGAAGAAAAAAUAGACUGAUGAUGGAAUACAGCUGUUUUCCCUCUGUCAGGAGUCAGCAUCUGUCUGGGUUUGUGAAAUAUCGCCAUCUUGUGGACAUGUAAUACACUUGUGGUACAUUGUGUUCUUGAAAUAGAGUUUUAAUAUUAUAAAACGAUUCCUCGAACAGACACAUUACAUAAGCAUGUUGUGUUGUUUCUGCAUGUAUCAUGGACUGUGCAAUGAGUGUCUUAUGUGAGGACAUCCAAUGAAGCCUGCAUAGAAAUAUCUCAUGUGUCAAGGAAUAACUUUAUAAACCUCACAACAAGAUAUUAACACUUGUGUUUACAUUUUAUGUUUAGUAGGAAAAAUUAAGACAUACUUGACUCUAUCACUCUUACAUAUAUAUUCUGCUUAUCUAGUUAUUAUUGGAUUGUUCUUUUUCUGUCAUAUCAGUCAUUUUGGCUCAUUUACUCUUCAUUUAAUACUAUCAGGUUGGUGAGGAGAAUACCCAUUUGAAAUAAGUAAUUAGUCCUAACAUUAUAUAUGCAUAAACUAUGACUUUCUAAACGAUUUCAAAAUGAAAAUAUAUUAGGAACAAGACGUUUUAUAACCAUGUUCUAUGACAACAACAGUGGUACGGAUUUACAAGCCAUUAGUCACCAUUUACACGACUGAUGAUGAUUUUUUCCCACUGACUUCCUCAAGAAAAGCAGGCGUGUAUUCUGUUCCCAGUUAUCCAAACAAGACGCACCCUGAUUGGCUAUUUAAGCUAUCUGUCAAGCGUCGAUUAUCCACUCAUAUCUCGCCAAGCCAAAAUGGAGGGCGGGUUCAUUGGCGGAGUCGGAAAAGAGCAGACAGAGCGGAGCGGUGUCAGCAGCGGCAGCAGCGGCAGAGAGAGAGGGAGGAAUCAAGUGGGAUACGCGUUGGACUCUGUUAUAUCAUUCGGCUUUCUGGAAUACUUUAAUUUUCCUCCUCAGAAGGUAGGUUUCAGAUUAGAUUAAUGCAUUUAAAUCGAUGUAAUUCAGCGUUUUUAAUGGCUCUUUGUUUGUUCACUUAACCGUCACAGCCGUUAAGACAGGAAAGUGCACGCGCUAGCCAAAAUGAAUUGGGACAGUCUGGUGGAAAUGUCUCUUAGCCGUUAGCGUUAGCCGUUAACAGCCGUUUUUGCUGACAUUAUACCGAAAGUUUAUCAUAAAUGAACAGAGAUAAUGGUCGUUUUUAUUCUUUCCGGCGGCGGCUUGUCUUCGUGGAUAAUUCAGGACGUAAAAUGUUGGACGUUAACGGAGGAGCGGGGUGGGGUAGCUAACCAUAGUGCGGCAGGAAAACUUAUCUUCCAAACGAUAGAUCCACACACACACACGGAGGUGCAGGCAGCAGGAUAACCGCGCCCUGGCCCGUGGCUCCCUGACUGUUAAUAUACACCAUUAAAACACGUCUACACGCAGAUUCAGGUCUUAUAUUUAAAAUCCCAGUUGAUUAAAUACUAUCUUCAAUAUUCAUCAUGAUUAAAGAUUCAGAUUUGACCCACUAACACACUGAUAUGAAAGAUAAAUAGAGAGACGCUUUGGGAAACAAGCAGCAUUGAUGCCUAAUUCUGCCCAAGUGCAGUGACAGUAUGCCUGGUCGUCUGGUCAUCAUCACACGUGGAGAAUCACUGAGCAAUGUUCAGCACAAUAUGGACUGAGACAUGACACUAGGAUAGAUUUAGUAGUUUUUUUAUCUUUAUUGAGGGCAUGGAAAUACAAUGAGUCAUAUCAAGCUUGUAAAUGAGUGUAAUGCUGGGUCCAUCAGUACUGAAUAAUAAGAAUCAAUGUUAAUACAAGUAUUAUGUGUAGUUGUAUGUGUCCAGGCCUAUUUAGGUUAGAUGUCUGAACUUGUAAGUUUUAUUUCCAAAUCAGUCCGUCUAUGAAUAUUUUAAAUCAAACUUUCUCCAGAUAGACUUAUGGUGUGACCCAAAUCACAACUAAAUACUUAAAAUGUUGAGUAUACUUGACGCAAAAUGGAAAAAAGCAUGGAAAGUAUGUGAAAAUUGAGUAGGCAAAAGUACCCAGAUGACGUACUCAAAUUGGUCAAGAUUUUGAGUAUCCGACUGUGGACAGAAUGGCAGCCUUGUUUACAGUCAUCUUAACGUUAAAUAACAGUUUUGCUGAAUAAAGCACAAAUAAACUAUACCGCUGCAUCUUCAGCCAGUAGAAGGAGGAGAAAGCAUUGUCAGCGCCGAUUGAGACGUGAAAAGCGAUGAACGUUCAUUUUGUCGCUGAUUUUACCUCAAAAGUGGAUGAACGAGCGCGGGCAAAAGGUGGCGGUUAUUAGCUGAUGCAGAGCUAGCCGUUGACAAAUUGGUGUAGAAGAAGAAAUCGCAUCGUCAUUUCCGGUGAGUGCGCUGCGCAACACUGCACCCUCGAAACUGAAGCACUAUGCGAUUGAGUACAUAGUAUGAAAGACAGCAGUGAUUUCUCUGUGCAAUGAAAUGUCAUUGCUUGGCUUCCAUAUCACAGCAUGAUGGUGUUUAAUUUAAAAUAAAUAAAAUAAAAACAAUAAAAACUAACUAACCAAAUAAAUAAAAGUAUACAUAAAAAGAUAUAUGGGAUGGGAUGGAGACAGAAAAUUAAUGAAAAAAAUAUAUUGUAAUAAACUUUUUCCUAUAUUGCCCAGCCCUAGUUUUAGGUAUCACAAAUUAUCCUUAUCUGAAAAUAUAACGACUGUUUCUUUGAUUCUUAAAGUCUAAUACCAUUAUACAAUUGGAAUGAUUUGAUAUUUGGUCUUCUGUGGAGGAUUGUGGGGAGAUGUGAUAGUGAUGACCCCCAAAACUAUUCAGGUCCCCCUCCAGUUGAGCAUCAGCGGCUGAGACUCGACCUGAAGAAUCCUUACUAUGACCUCUCUGUACGCCACAAGCGGCUUAUUUGCUUGCUCAUGACAAAAGGCGAGUUGGAUUCGUAAUGAACGUGGUCAGUGUGCCAAAAGGGCGGCAUGAUUUGCAUAUUUGGCUCCUUUCUUCAACGUAGUUACUCAGCAUUCAUGUGUAAUCAGCUUUUGAACUGCAGGAUUUCUCGACCCUCUGAGGGGAUGUAGAGCAGGUGAAGGCUGACAGAGUGACCCCAGGGUCGACAGUCGACCGCACAACAGCUGUGUUUGGGCUCAUUAACCAUUCCAGACACAUCAACCUCUGCUGGUUGUGUUGCAGUACAAGGUCUUCAGGGGUGCAAACUAAAGCCUGCCUUCCUAUGGUUGGGCUGAGGGGGGGAGAGGAAGUGGGUCAGGAAGCAGAAGGAAACUAAGCGAGAGAUGGUAGGGAGUGUUUGUUCCUGUCAACUGCAGCACAGGGGGCUGGUUUUAACCAUGGCGCAAUAUCAAGUGCUAGUAACAAGAGGACCAUUAAUAUUUACAUCCAGUGUGUCCACUGCAUGUUUUUACUUACAGCUGAUAGAGGUCUUGUUGAACACAGCUUUGUUUAGCGUGCUAUCUCAGGUAAAUGCUUGUUUUUUGCGAUUGAUUCAUCAAAAAGUAGAAGUUCAGCCCUUAUUUUGUGGACUUAGCAACGUGAACAUGAGAAUUAAGUACCUGAAAUUGAUAUUUUCCCAUGGCAAUGCCGGCUCAGUCUCUCAACUAAACAGCUCAGUUUGACUGAGAUAUUACUACUACUUCUAUUUUUUUCCUUGCAUUUUUGACAUACCUUAGUUUGUGUUUAGUACUGUCUAUGCAAGAUGUUAUCAUAGUCUACAUUCUCAUCAAGAACUUUAAGGUUUCACCAACUUAAAGAUUUUUCUAAAUGAUGUGCUGAAUUUUGUCAAAGCGGGGUGUCAGGUGCUUCUUUUCUCUGAGGGCAGUCAGGGAGACAUCUCAUUAACCUACUGCUAAGCAUAUUAGGGUGUUUGUUUGUUUGUUUGUCUGUUUGGACCAGCCUGGUAAUGAAGAGGAUCACAUGCCUAAAUCUGGGCUGCUUAGAGGAGACGCUGGCCCCUGAGAAGCGAUCCUUUUAGGAAUCCAAAUAGCCGUCCAUCCCAGCGUUGUUUUGAUAUCUUUGCAUUUAUUAUUUGUAUUAAAGGGUAGACAUAAUUUUUGAAAGCAUGUUUGCUUGUUUGGUUUGGAAUCUCAAACAAAGUCCAAAUAGCUUCAUAUUUGUUUCAUUCUUUCUAGUUUACAAUUCCAGUCAGUAGACACAGACUAAAUCUCUUUCUUCCACUGGCCAAUGGUCUCUCCGACCACAGCUGACAACAUCUGUUGAAAUGGGGCAGUGAUUUUUGCAUGGCUCAUUGGGGGAGGGGGAAGUGGCUAUUCAGGAAGAGGAAGACACAUGCUUUGGACUCAUGCUGUAUUAUAGCAGGGAGGCCUUUUAUUUGUCCUUGAAUAAUAGACAUAGGUAGCUGAGAUUCAUCCUGAAGUCGUCGUGUCCUUUUGUUUUGAUCAUCUAACAGCUGAGGUGCAAAUGAAAACUCAGACACAGGUUAUAGGAGCAGCUGAAACAAAAGUAUUAACACUGCACACAACGCUCAUUAAAACCAAAUCUUUUUUCUAUUGUGAGUCAUUUAUAGGCUCUUAAAAUCUGAACUUGUUAGCAGGAUAUGAAGUUUGAAUGAGUCUCUCUUUAGCCCCACAGGACACGGCUGAAUGAGAGUCGGGAAGUAGGCUUGUGCGAGACCACACUUUAGGACACAUUCAGCAGCACACUAGACACACAGACUGUCAGACACAUUUUUCUAUUUCAGAAUUUGAGGAGUAUUUUAGUCUCUGUUUCGGAAUGAGGAAGUUGGAAAAACCUCAGCCUUGACUGCUGGUGUUGACUUUUAGUCUGUAAAACAGUCUUGAACUGCCCGAAACAGUCCUGUGUAUAUAAGUUAAACGUCCAAUAAAAACUAGUACACACUUAUGUAAUAUUUCAUGUUUAAUGUUUGCAGAUGGAGAGCAAAGUCUACCAGAGUCCUUCCCCCUUUAUGUGUAUACAUACUUUGCCAAUAAAGCUGGUUCUGAUCAGUAGAAGUCUAAAAAUCUUAAUGACAAAUGUACACAGACUAAAUGAAAUCUGAUUGAAUCUGGUGAUUGGCUGGUCUUCAAGUUACCUGGAGGUGUUACUCCGUCCAACUUUGAGCUAAUCUGCAAAUCUCAUUUCCUCCGCAAAGUAUAAUAGACCACAGCACCAUUUUUCUUGAAAUACUGAUGUGCAAUGUAUUGCUUUGCAUUGAGCCGAGCCGACUGCAUAGUCACUUGGGGUUGAAGCGAGGUGAAAAAACACUACCUUAUCUCAUUGUUGCAUAAAGCAAUGGAAUGUAGCUGGAAUCUGAUUACAAUGGCGGUCCGUGGCCUUGGUAACAGGAAGGGGAUUUAGGUGGCGUCUCAUGUGGUCUUGGUGACAAAAGGCAAAAGGCAGCCAGUGUAUUGGAAGCACUGAGGCGGCAUCAUCGGUGUGAGUGUGUGUGUGUGUUGUGGCAGGCACCGAGGGGCAGCACGGGUAACAAAGUGUGGGAAAGACAUGUCUGUAAGCAGAAAUGGUGGCUGAAUAUCUACAGAUAGGAUACAAAACUGUAGCUGCCAAGAUAACUCAAGCAGACAGACUAAAGGGAAGUCUAAGGGGAAACACAAUAAAGAAAUACAUCAACAAAUAAGGAAAUGAGCCUAUAAGGAACCAGGGUUAGGUGUUGGUUUAUUUUCUUUGUCUAUCACACGUAUCAACAGGGAACUUAGCUAUAAAAACAUGCCGUUUUCCAAAUAUUAGAGCUGCCUUGUAAAAGUUUGAUUUAUACCCUCACAGAUCAGCUUUCAUAGCACAUUAGCUGCAGCUGGAGAGUUGUUGUUAAAUCAGUGAUAUGUUGUUUUUCAUGUUUAAGAAAGCACACACCACCCUGUUUAACAAGCCUGCUUGUUCUUGGAUGGUGUCUUCACAGGUCUAUUGAUUGCUACAGUAUUUUUUAUUUCAUCCUAAAUGCUCCCACAUCUGUGCUUUCAAUUUUGCUGCCACUUUUUAUUUUGAUUUAAGACAUGCAUCGUGUGGUUUGGCUCCUACUGGCGUCGACCGCCUUAUUUUGCACUGCACCAUAGGCAGUGAGUGUUUCACAACUCCAGUCAUGGUAUUUGCGGCGAUAUCCAUUCUGUAACAUGCAUUAAUUCAAGUUUUUAAGCAGAGCUAUACUAGAUAAAUGGCUGAAAAUGGCAGUGAUGUUUGGUUGUGUUGUACCUAAAUGAAACAACAGAGGAACAAAAGGCUACACUUUUGCUUUGCAGUUUAAAGGUCAAUAUUUUCUUUAAAUAAAUCAGCCUUUUUAUAAGUCAGUGAGUCAGUUACAUUUCUUCAAAAUAAGAGCUUUUAAUCACCAAGAAAAGGGGCCAACCUGGUUUGCUUUCGAUCAUGAUCUCAAAGAGUUUCAAAUCAUGAAGUCAUUUUACUUAACAUGUCGAUUAGCCGGUGGUCCAUUACCCAGAGCUCUUAUACUUGCAGUAUUACAUGAUACUACAAGCUGGAUGUCUAGUCAACAUCUCCGGGAGUUAAAAGAAACACAAUUGGCAUCUGUCACCCCAGAGAUUUUGACCCCCCACAGGAGUUGAUGGAGGUUCUGCUCUCUGGUUUCAGUUGAGCUGCAGGUUGUGUGUUUAUGAGUUAAAUUGACAAACUUACAAAAAGUAUGUUGACCAAAGGUGACAAAACCACAGAGACACGUAGGUGCAAAUCCAAAGACAAACAAUCUUCGUAAUCAGAUGGAGACAUUACAGGUGAGCAGAUGUGAGGCACUGCAAACAGGUUUUCAUCCAGUUGAUUUUGAAAGUGUCUUCUUAGAAUCAUUGAAUUUUAUUUUAAUAAUAUACUCACAAUUUACUAAAUCUUGGUAAGAAUUAAAGUGUGUCUGUUUAAAGCUCUUUAAAAAGCAGAUCUGUUUUCCUGCAUUAUGACAUUCAGUACUGCUUAAUUUCAUUUCUUUGUAAAAUGAAAAGCUUAAUAAACUGAAUUAAAAAAAGACUUUUUCCAGGUAUAGCGCUCAGUAGUACACAGUGUACAGUCGUAUCAUGAUAUAACUGUGAUGUAGAGAUUGUUUGGCUUUGUCAUAAACCUACCGCCCCUCCUCUUGAGUCGGCUCAUCCCAUUUUGUGGCUGGGAUUUUCAUGUUAUGUCACAUCUCAGUCAUGACACUUGCUAAAAGACAGAGCAGCAACGACAGCUCUGCAUCCCAAAAACAAAAACUAAAUAUACAGUUUUUCGUCAUUAGACACUGCUCACUUUUCUUUUCCUCUGCCCAUUGUCCAAAUGAAGCUUUUACCUUUGGGUUUGAAACAGUGUCACAUAGUAUGAGCAGUUUAUAAAAAAUGUUCAUUUUUCAGACAUUGUUCUUGUAACUGCCUGUAACUGAUUUGACCUCUUACAUCUAUAGAACCAGUAUUUUCUUACCUUUGCACUUGUCUUCUAAGGCAAAGGCGGGACAAUAACGUCAUCAAUUUAUUGUUUGUGAGAUCUAUCAAUUAUAAACCAGUUUGAGGACAAAUAGCAGUUGACAGAAUGGGGCGGCCCCGUGUUUUAAUUGGUUCGCUUGAGUGUAACUGAACGUGGCAGGGAUAGGGAGCAUUAUAUAUCUCUUAGCAAACUCAGCAGCAAAAGGUAAGCAGAAAAGUAUUGAUCAUUUAUUAUAGGAUUUGACUGAUCUAUAUGUCUACGUAGUGACUGAGAUACAUGCUGGAUCAAGUUACUAUAAAGACAUGUUUGUUCUUCUGCUUAUCCAGUAAUGGGAGGUGUUUAAGGGCUGAAAUUCUGGCAUACUGAGCAAAUAUGAGCCCUCACUUCAUUUUUUUUUUUUACUGGUUUCCUCUCUGUAGCUGUUAUGCAGGCUUAUGUCAGAGCUAAACAAUUCACCCCUGGUUUAAUGAAAGCCGACAGCAGUCUGCGCUGAGACUGUGAGGAAGAGAUAAGAGGGUCUGAGUUCUACUAUUAUCAUCCUGCUCUUCGUACCAUUUCAUAACUGUUCUCUGGAAUCAGUUGUUUUGUCGUACUUGGUUAAGAGCAGGCUCCACUUUGUGGUAUCAUAAAGAAAAAUACAACUGCAUGUAUUUGUUGAUUUUAUCCACUAAGAUUAGCGAAAUAAGUGUAGUAUAAAUGUACAUAUUUAAAGUUAAAGAUACACUGGCAGAUGUAAAUGAAGCCGAGGAAUGCAAAGAAGAUUUACAGUAAAACUGUGUCACACUGGUCCCGUUUCCUGUUGGUCUUUCCCUCAGGCUGUGAGGUCCCCCUUCUGUCUCUGCACAUCAGGGUCAGCUCUGCUGGCUCAGGAGGCAAUAAGGUACAUGGAUUCUCUUUCAUCAGAGACUUGAGGGGUUUUGACUUGAAUUAGGGCCGGAUCAGUCAGCUGUAAAUCUCAGGAGAGUGCCACUGAGUAGUACAGGAUUCCCCCAAGAUGUGUGUCCAUCUCUCUGGUCAGACUGAUGCUGCCAGACGAGUGCCGACCUUAUCUGCCUCUACAGAGCCAUUGUUGACAGUGUUACACUCAGUAUGUUUACAUGCGCGGUUAAGUCAAGCUACGGUUAUAGGUCAAUUAGGUGGCGUAAUUGGACUACUGUCCUUGUCCCACUUUACAAGCACCGGGCAGCAAUGGACUUAUUGACCAAAGCAUGUCCACCUGGACUACGGUGAAUGGCCUCACACCCCCUUUCAGCUCGCUACUACCUGACAAAACAUGUUAGCAAAGCGGCUAAUGGGAUGUACGUCAAAUGCAGAAAACACCGUCACUCUUAAAACUCGGUACCCUUUGCACGUACUGUACAACAACGCUGUCUGUUUUGACAUCCCUUCUCCCCCUGUCAACGUUCUGUUUACUAACCGGCUCUUUAACAGGGGUCAAAGCUUAGCAUGUGAACUCUGGAGGGUGUACAGAACACUUGAACCAGUUUUACUCCUGACCAUAUAAUCUAGGUAUGUUAGUCUGAAUAUGAGAAGUUAGAUUUCAGAUGUGAGACGGUUGACGUGCAAUACAGUUGCCUGAAUUUAGCCCCGUAUUUGCUAAAAUGUCUGGGUGUUUUGAAUUUAAUCCAAAAAGCCAAUUUUGUUAUUUGGCUCUAAUAUUGGCUGAAUUGUUAAGGUGAAUUGAACCAGGUGAAAGCUGUUUUACUGUAGGUUUAUUUUUGUACGGUUUAACCAUGUUCUUUAUUCGUCAUACUUGUUUCAGAGAUGAUGUUUUAAUGUUAUUUCCUGCUGGAUGGAGGCAGUUUUUGGUUGGCGUUUCCUUCUGUGGGUUUGGAAUCUAAAGAAAUCUGAGUGCAAUAAGUUGUUUGGAUCUGUCUCACUUCCAAAUAAGCCCUCAGUAUUGAAUAUUAUUAUUAUUUUUAAGUGUAUAGUGUGCUAGAGUUUGUUGACAAUUGAGUCCACAUGCAGGCCUUGAAGCAGAGAAAUUAGUUGCCUCUGAAAUGCCUCUGAAACUAAAAUACAGAUAACAUCAUAGAAGUUAUAAAAUUUUGUAAAAGUUGCCGGAUUUUUUUUCUCAAAAAUAAGACAAGAAAUUACAAUUAUUGCAAUCUUUUGAUGCUGUAUCGUGACCCUUUGAUGUGUAGAGUAACACAAGUAUUUUAAUUUUAUUUUUUAAUUUGCAUUCAAAAAGGGUAGAAUCACAUCUACAUUAACUUGAAAUCAGUUUGUAUCAGAAAGAUAUUUUAUAACCGAAUGAAUGAAAGUGCACUUUUUCUUAUUAGGUAUAUUUGUAACAGAUCAUUUCUAAACGACUCUUUUAAUAUUCUCCUAGGUCCAGGAAAAAAACAUAUUUUUCAACAAGUAAAGACAGUCUUUCAUCAGAGCUGGAUGUACAAGAAAAUUCAGAGAGGAAGAGUAAGGAGGACAGGGUUAAAUUUUUUAUAGUGAGGGGCAAUCCUGCACUGAGGCGAGGAGAGUCAGAGAAGAGGUAAUGGAUGUGAUCAAAGAGUUUAAUAUUUCAUGUUUAAUGGGAGGUGACGAUCAGCUACCACUCCAAUCUCAACAGUUUUUCUUUCUUUGUCCUUGGCAAGAACUUUCCUAUAUUUUACUGCACACCCUGAUAUAAGCAUGAACUCCUCCACCUCCUACUGUAGUUCAUAUAGUUUAUUAAUAUUAUAUAGUUAUUUAUGAGACAUCACCUUGAUCUAUGUGGUAAUAACAUCUGUCUUUUUUAGAGGGUGUAGUCUCUUUUAUUUACAGAUAAACUGUAGAACUGUAACACUUGGUAAAUCAGGCUUUAUACCAUCAAAGUUUAAGUUUUAUUUAACAAUAUCACUUCAGCUGCUCGUGUGCACAUCACAGAGUAAGAGAGCAUCCUUCACCAUGGCGGCAAAAACUUGUCAUCACCUUUUUAACGUUUGAGGGCGCAUGUGUCUUUGUGUUUAUUCGAAGCUGGAGUGAGAAAGCUGAAUCCAGUCACAGGAGACUCAAGGUUGAUUCAAACUUAGAACAGCCGGAGGUAAACUUGCCCGGGAUCUCUUUUUGUUCGCUCCGGUCGCUCUCUCCGUGCCCUCCUCCCUCCUCUCUUCUAAUAUUGAAACACGCACCAGUGGAAGAGUUUUCUGGCUGGGUGGGGGAGUUUGUCGUCUGCAGUGAGAGGAAGAGAAGUGAAACUGAGCGGGGUGACAUGCAGGCGGCUUUUAACAUCCAUGUUACAGAUUUGAAGGAUACUCGAUAGUUGUGAUAUAAUAAUUUUAUAUAUCUCUCUCUCAUAUAUCAAGUAUAUUCGAUAUAUCGCACUGGCCUACCCUGAUGAUAUUCUUUUGAUCACAGCAGUCACAUGUGCCUCAGUGAGGAAAGCUGUUUUAUUAAACAGGAUUUUUUGGAUACACAUCUGACACGCAACCAAGGUUUACUCUCCAAAACUCAGUUAUAAAUUCAGCUUCAGCGGCCUCUCCCUGUUUGCUCUAACCUUUCUUCCAUUAAGGUGACCUAUUCGGUGUCUGUCAUCCUGUUUAGCAAAAAAAAUAAAUAAAACCUGUUUUACAAAGGCACAGGUUACAAUCUGUUCAUCGUUAAUUUGAACAUUAGUAGUCUUUACUUUGCUGCUGACCAUCACUGCUCAGGUUUUCUGUCUUCAGAGUGAUAUUUGUUAUCAAAAACGUCCCGCUUUUUGUCAAGCCCAAGGAUUGUGAGACUGCGGAUCUUUGUGCAGACUCAGAUUGACCUCAAGAAUGCAGUGAUUGUUUUGUCUAGUCUAGUCACACUAUUGUGGUAAUAAAACAGCACAACUCUCCUCCUGCAUCAAAAACAUACAACUCUGCUUCAAAUUAACAAAGCCCGGUCGAAAAGGAUCCUGGUCCUGUUUGGAAAAUGAGCACGCCACAACAGCUCCAGUAUCGGUCGGGGUAGUCAAGAGAAAUGAUUGUCAGUGAGUGGAUCAGCCUGUAUCUGACAAACCGAUGAUUCAGUGACACCAUGAUUAUGAAACUGCUCUUGACAGUCAGUAGCUCCUGCGUCUCUGAUGCAUAAAAUUUCAUAAAAACAAGGAAACUUGUCACCUGUGUGUCCCAGUAAUGCACCUUAUCUUUCCCAUCCAGAACAGCUCACCUUUAACAAUCGGCAGAGCAGGGGUGCAACUCUUAUGUUGUCAGUAAAGGUUCAUAUCUGUCACAUGUCACUCAUUUGUUUUGGUGAAUAUGCUCAUAGCAGGAAGACAGUGAGGUGAUCAUGGACUAGUGUUUACUAACAAGCAUUAUCUCCGAUUGCUCGCACGCUACGCAAGUCUGUGAUGCAUAUUCUAGUGCUGUAACUGUGGAGCAGAGAGCAGAGGAGACAGCGUGUUAAGCACACAGCCAGAAGCCACUGUGUCUGACGUCUUUUCAGAGCACGCAGAGUGUUUGUUCAGUGUUUGUUUAGCCGCUCAGGGCGCUACGACUAAAACAUGCAAGCUGCAAGUGUCGCUGCUCCAGCCAACCAAUCAUAGGACAUACAAAUAAAUAGUUAUAACAAAAGAAACCCGACCAUGUGACUUUGUAAUCUCAUUUUUUUAAGUCAAAUUGUUAAGACAACUAUCCUGAAUGUCGUCUUUAAACAUGUUGUCAAAGAUCUUAUCUGCAGCCAUAAAAAAAAUCUGAUUCUGAAACCAGAUACUCUGCUUUUCUUGUUUUCUAUUCAAAACAAAUAUUAAGAAACUCUUUCACAGAAUUCCUCCUCUGUGUACUACAACCUUAAAAUAAAACAUUAGACAGUAUCUGUCUUUUUUUUUUUUUUUUUUUAAGGAGGCAGGAGUGAAAACUAUCCAUCUUCAUCAUGUUGUGUUGUGGCGUCAGAAUGCUAAAAAUAACUGGAGAAUAAUCAAAUACAAAACUGUGGCUCUCAGGAAAACAAUUUUUUUAGAUUCCUUUGCAAUAUUUUCUCCCAAAUUGACUCUUUAGCAUUUUUUAAAUUAAUAUUCUCAUAUAAAUUGGCUUCACAUACAUCUGUGCAUCUUAUUUAUCAUAGAAUCAAAGCUCAACAGUCCGACAUGUUUAGAAACACUGGUAAAUGAUUGUACUAACAGCAGGUAGAUAAUUUGUCUCAAUUUACGUGAUUUAUUUGGGGGAUGUGGGGGACUACACCUCAACAGUCCCCCACAUUUAGUCUGACUUGACUGUUCUGUCCAGCCUAUCCUUUUUUUCUACAUUGCAGUAAUCCCUCUUGAGGCUCUCGCAGCAUCAGUGCUAAAUGGACCCUCCAAAUACAGCUCUGCUUGUUCUCCUCUUCUUCUGAACCCACUCCAGUACUUUUCUGAUCACACUUGUUUUCAGCUGCUCUGUGAAAUCCAUAACCAGUCAAUGGUGUCCAGACUAAAGUCUCACAUAGAAACCAGAAGUUGUCUGGUUUUGCGAGGCGAGAAAAGAAAAUUCUAAACAUAGACGUGACUAAAUGUGACAGAAGUUUGCAUUUUGUCCCUAAAAGUACCUCCUGAAGAUGUCAGACUGUGUUUUCACUGUGGUAUUGUGUUUUUAUUCUCGGUUGGUAUUUUCCUAAUGUUGCCAGGCAACAUGUCUGUGUUGCAAAACAUGUCUCCGAGACUGAUUGAAGCAAACCAAACACCCAUGCGAUUGCCAGCAGCAUACGCAGAAUUUCUGCUGUCCGUAUACUCUUUUAUUUUAAUCUUUCAUUCAGUCUGUCUUUUGCUCAUUGAGAGUUUGUCUUUAAAUGCCUUUGCCUGCUGCAAACAUGGCCUGGUAAAAAUAUCCUUUUGUAAAGCAGGAAUAUGUGAGUGAAGUCCAGAUGCUGUCUUCUGUCUGUGGAAGAAUAUUCAACUUGUGUCCACCAUCUGCUUGAAUCCAUGUUGCUGCAGACUCUCAGUCAGGCUAUGGCAUGUGAUAACAGUCAUCACUUUUGAUAAUUGAUAACAAGUGAAACUAAUUAUGAAUGUAAUCACGCUAUAAGUAAACAGCACCACCAUGGUGAAUACCCAAAGGUCGGCAUUGGUGUGAGGAAAUCCAGACAGAUCCAUAUCUUAUUCAGCUGACUUUUUUUAUUAAACAUUUACAGAAGAAUAGAUAAAUAGUCUUUACAGCCAAGAGAGCACAUGGGUCCAUUAGAGGAGCAGUUGGGACUCGCUGUAGUGGUCAAAUAUUAGCCUGUCAAAUACUCAGAACCAUUCAUUUAUAGAGAUGCAAGAAUAUCAUGCAGAAGCUCAUUUUUUUCUUUAGUCACUUAUAAAAGUAAAAACAUAAUAUACUCUGGAUUCUGAAUACUUAACUCAAUUUUAGCAGAUAAAUGAAUUGUGGUUUAGAUAUUAAUGCUGCGUUCCAGUUACCUCGGAAGUUGGAUGUCGGAGAUGGAAAUGACAUUACACUUGAGUUGACGGCAUUCCAGUUAACAAGUCGGGAAACCAAGAUUGACACCUACUGUUAGCCGUUUUUAGCUGUUGUUUACAGUUGUCAGCUGUUGUCGUUGUUGUCAGCUCAGCCAUACCAGUUGUUACACAUAACACAGUAUUUUACUCUUACAAACACCAUAGCACCAUGUUCACAGUUAGAUGUUUGGCAGUACAACAUACACCACUUAUUUAAUAUCACAAAAACAAAACAGAAGUGCUAAUGAAUAAUACAUUACGAGAGCUUUCACUAUUACUCUUCACUGUUGAUGCACUGCGCUGCCAUCUUGGAUUAUGACGUCGUCAAGUUGGGGUCAGUGAGGAUCGUCCGACUUCAAGGGGCGUUCCAGACGAAUUUCCGACUCUGAACUUGGAAAUUCCGACUUCCGAGUACAACUGGAACGCGGCAUAAGUCCUCAGUUUCUCAGUUUUUUAUGUACUUGAUUGGAUGUCAUGAUCUAAAGCUUCAUAGAUGCUAAAAACACAAGUCAGAUGCACAGACUUGUUUGGUUUAUUCCCUCGGGUUUAUCCAGCACCUCCUGAAAACCUGAUAACUCUGAUGUGGUUGUUUCUUGGCAACUCGCUGUUCCAAACAAACGUCCAAGAAGAAGAAUUCAUCUUCUUCUGUGUGUUGUUUAAGUCCCAGUCCUUUUUGUCUCACUAACUGCAGCACAGUUUGCAUUCUGGAAGAAUCAGAUCACUCAAACAAAUGGAGGAGCUUCAGUUUAUACAGACAUACCAGAAAGUAUAGUGGGUAAUGUCUGCCUCAUGGCCAACACACCAUUAAGUCUAUAAUGUCUCAUACAUAUGGUUGUUGCAGGUCUUUGUUGAGGAUUUGUGAUACUUUCUGCAGAUACAGCAGGAACCAGGAAAUCAGUGCUGAAGCACCCAUGCUGUGAUAAGCUGCUUUGUGCAGCUGUUUGUCAGGUUACAGAGGACGAAAGGCCGAGAAAUACUCCAACAUGCUGUAAAUAACCGUUCAUCGUUUAGAGGAAAUUUUGUAAAUCACCGAGGUUGAAAAAGCCGACACAACCAUAAAAAAAGUCACAGGGGCAUAACAAACUUACUUUGGCCUUUUCUGACCUUUUCCUCCACUUGACAGCUUCCUGAUUUAGGUGUUUGUUCACAUGUAGCUUCUGUUUUAACAAAAUUAUGUGAUACAUUUUCAGCUGGGAAGGUAAGCAACAAACCUCAGUCCUUGGCACAAAGUUGUCCUUGUUGUCAGUGUUGCCAAAGCUGAUCACUGCAUCGCUAUAGAGAUGAAUCUUACCUCUUCACUCUUUGCUUUGGAUAACAAGCUGGGAAAUUGUCCUAGUUUACUCUUAAACAAAUUUAUCAAAGGAGUCUUUUCUGCUCUUUAAAUGAAUUUUCCUUUUGUCAACAACGAUACAGCUCUUGAGACACUUCAUUCAUAAUCUGAUGCCAGCGAUUUGCUCUCGGUCUGCUUCAGCCUUUCCAGCAGAAUCAAAUUUAGUUUCCUCGACGAAUGCACUUCUGAUCCAGAUGAGUUUAGAGGGGGGAUUUAGAGACUCUUAUGUAAGGCGGUAAAAACUGGGAAAUCCAAAAUUAAAGGCAGAUUAACACUUGAGUGUCAUUUGAUAACUAUUUUCUGGAAAGGAUUGAUCUUUACUCGCACAACAAAAAACAGAUUGUAAUGAGUGACGUGUUUUACUGAAAAGUUGUGGUGGAAAGACACUCCCACAUCCCGACAGGAAGAACUUCCUGCUGAUGUUGUGAUCCUUGUCCUGUCAGAAACAUGCAUGCCUCACUCACGAGCGUUUCUUUCCCUCAGGCUGUCUCUCUUUCUCUCUCACUCACUCACUCACACAGACACAAUGGAAACCACCACUAAAACAUGUCCCACAUCCUGUGCUGUGAUUUUAUCAUGUUGUCGAUUCAGGCUGAGGAACAGUGAACAUGUGCUUACUUAAACAACUUUAAAAAACUGUUUGAAGACGUCGUACAAAACCAAUCCCACUGACAAGUUUGUGGCUUUCUUAGGGGGUAGCCGGUUGUAGGCUUGUAUUUUUGCUCUGUUUGUAUGAAACUGGCCAGCCUUCUAUUAUCUUUGGAAGUGGGUCUGUUGUUGUUGCAAGCACCAAGCUCUUGGACUUGUAGCUUUUGAAUGGGCUUUUUUGUCAGAGCUUUAUGUCUGCCAGCUGCAGAUUCUUGUCUUGGUAAAGAUUUUGCUGAAACAGCGACAAAGUUGUUUUUUUAUUUGGAUUGGUAUUGGAUUGGAUUCUAUUUUCUUUAGGAAGUGGCUCUUUCUAACUAUGGCACUCAGAAAGCAUGUCAGUGUUUCAGAUGGGAAAUACACAGCGUAACAGUAGAUGACGGCAAAAACCAUGUUUAUAAAAACAGUAAGAUAUAAUAUUAUAAAGUAGGGCUGGGUGAUAAACCGAAAUUUUACCGAUACUGAAAUUUACGAUAAUAACCGAUGUCAUUUUGCCCAUGUCGGUUUAUUCGGUGUCAAAAAAAUGAAAAAAGUUGAUAAAAGUUGAUAAAAGUUGAUUUUGGAUGUGUGUAGGUAGGCUAUGGUCUCAUGUCCCUUUUUAAGAUGCUGUCCUAUGUCAGAGGAGAUGGAGGACGGUUCAAAAGUUGUAGCUGCUGGAGCAGCGGCUGAAGUAGACGAAGUUAAUGUAGGAGGAGCUUGUGGAGUAGUUAUCGUCCAUUUAUCCUUAUCAUGGUGAACUGCUCAAUAUAUCACAAUGUUGAUUUGAGGCCAUAUCGCCCAGCCCUAUUACAAAGUGCUGGUCCAUGAUGUGAGCUGAGGCACUGACGGUUUUCCUGAGGUGCUUGACUUUCACUUUGCACAUCAUGCUUUUAAAAUAGGUCAGGAGAUACCCGGGUGAUUGUAGAAUCCAAAGUACACUCAAAGCUGUUAAAUUUCUUGCUGCUCCAUCGAUAUGAAUUAGCAACACCAAGAACUAGCUUGCAGUGGACAGCCAUCAGUGCCAUCAGCAGGUUUGUUGUGCAUAAACCAGCUGCUGUCCCAAACCAAAAGAAAAUAUUUAAAAUAGGAUUUUUAGACUUUUCAGAUCGAUUCAGAAUUGUAGGAAUUAAGAAAUUUUGAUUCUGAUGUGAGUCGAUUUUUUCCUCAACCUUACACAAUGGUAUUCUGUUGCAGUAUGUACUUACCAUGAGAAGUAGUCAGGCAUGUUCACCUUCUAUGACUCUCUGAACCUCUUCAACAAGUUUGCACUGUCACUCUUAACACAACAACCGGUGGCUUUUUUUUUGUGAGGAGUGUUUCAGAAAUGAAAAGUGACUAAACUGAGACGCAGCAGAGCUAUAAUUAUCGGGGACUGUCAGGAGUCACUGUGAUUUACAGCCACAGCCCGCUUCUCUAAAUCAUCCUGGACUGAAGACAAUCAAAUCAUUAGUUGAAACACAUCCCUCGAGCAGGUCGAGCUGUUGUGACAGACCCUCCAGUGUUUAUACCUGUCAUAGAAGGACACAAGACUUCCUGACUGCCACAGUUAAACAGACACCCACUUCAACACGAGGAGGAGGUGGUGUGCUUUGGUUAGUGAACGUGGCUCCGCUCUGAAGUGUCAAACCUACAUUGUUGUGUGUCAAAAAUCCCUCUGUGUUGCUCUUGUUUUUAUAACCCUGCUGUGACUGCACAAGUGUUUAGGGAAGUAAAUUUCUGCUGUAUGUGCACAAAAAUCGAAUGCGUGUGUACAAAAAAACAGAACUCAUUAAACUGCAGAUUUUUGUGCAGCAAAAUCAUGAUCAUGGCAGCACAAUAAACUGGAGACGGUGUUGAAGGUGGUGCACAAACCACCCCUUGUAGUUAUUAGUCAUAAUAAACUCUCAGUGCCAAAAUAAGUCAUUACAAAAUAAAAUACCCUGAGGAACUAAAUAGUCAGAAGAACACCGUGUGGAUGAGUUAAUGAAAGUUGAUUCUUAUCGAAGAUCUCUGCACUAAAUAUCUGUAUUUAAUUCAUCCCCUGGUUUAGCCACUCUUUGUUCAAAUUCGUUCUCAAACGAGCACGUGUUUAUCUCACAUUCUCCUCUCCGCUGUUUGCACAGAUAUGAGACGAGUUGUACGGCAGAGCAAAUUCCGUCACGUCUUCGGCGCGGCGGUGAAGAACGACCAAUGCUACGAUGAUAUCCGGGUGUCAAGAGUCACAUGGGACAGCUCCUUCUGCGCGGUCAACCCCAAAUUCGUCGCAAUAAUUAUCGAGGCCAGUGGCGGCGGAGCUUUCCUCGUUCUCCCUCUUCACAAGGUAAGUUUAGCGCCUGAACCGAGCACAUCAGCCUGAGCGGUCCUCUAUCUAACUGAGGCAAACCAGAUGUGUAAGCUUGUUUGCAUUGAUUGGUUGUUUUUUUCCACAUCAUUCAUCCAAACUUCGAGCCAAACAAAAUAUAUCUAUCAGUGUUAGAGAGAUAACAGACUGCUAUAUGAUGUUAUACUGAGUGACUGAUCAUUUUGCUUUCAGUGAUAAGUAAGCAGGGCAACCUACAAACCUAAAAAAGUAAAGUUCCUGCACUCAGCAAUAAAAAGCACUGACAUGCGAAUCAGUUUUCUUUUUGAUAAAAUGCUGCAUUAUAAUUUUUUAUGCUGACCUUUUAAAGACAUGAUGUGAUUUUUUUUUUUGUGCAAUCGUGCAUGUGAUAUUUGUGUCACACAUGAUAUCAUAUGAUUAAAUUACAUUGAGAUAAUUUUUGGAAAGUAAGACAGGAAAAUUUUUUAUUUUGCUCUGGUGAUGGCAGAAAGACUGUAGGAUCUUAUUCGGACAUAAUCGCACCUCAAAGUUCAAGAGUUGAGUCAAAUCUUGAUAGCUGUCUCGCUCUUGUCUGUGAAGCGCUUUGUUUCUGUAGUGAAAAUUCAUUUGCAUUCAAAGGCUUUACGUCUUACGAGCAGGACUGCUGACUCCUCCGUUUGUGUACUUUGGGUUAAUGUUUACCAGCAAGUUUUUUUCACACACCCUCAUGUGUACAACAGAAACUACUCCAAAGCCCUGGAGCCAGCAGUCUCCUGAUCCUUACCUCCAUAUAAGGAAUCUCUCCACUCCAGUUAGAGUUACUGUUGGGCUGGGCGAGACAACAUUUGAGAAGUGUGUAGCUGUAAACAAGUGAGUUGUGUUGAAUACAUGUCUUCUUCUUGUUGAACCCUGAUGUCAUCAUUAUUGGUCUAAUUAUAGUUCAGUAGGGGUCACAGGGGUCCUCGCAUUUCCCCCCUGGAGAGCCUUUGGGUGCUAUUAUGGUUGAUAGUCGUGAUUUGCUGGCAGCUCUGUAAUAUGCCCAAGUGACAGGUCCUGACACUGUGAGUGACACAAGUACUGCGACUCUGUUGACAGAUUUAACCUUGGCCUGUAAUUAGUGUACGCCAGUGCACAGUCAUGUCAUCCGAGAGGGCUCUGGCAUAGGCGACCGGAUCCUCAGGCCUGUCAUCACACAGCUUCCACCUCUCAGCACCUCAUUCAAUACGGCACUCGCACUGGAGGUGGGCUACAAGCUCAACUGGUUUCACACUCCUUCUGCCUCCUCUCUCUGUGUCAGCGUUUGAACGAGCUGCCCUCUGCUCGCCACGGCUCACUACAGUUUUGGUGUGUCUUUUUGAACAAAGUCUACUUUGACUGCUACAUUAAAACAACUGUGAGAGACUGAGGUCUUUGUACCGAGUGAACCUCAGGCAAUUUCCUCAAGUGAGAGAUUAAAACAGCUUUCUUGAUUUUUUAGAUCUUCCUACAUGCAAGCUGGCAGGCGUGACGCAGACUAAUCCUUCAGAUUUAGUGUUUUCCCUCAUCUCAACAGGCCAUGCAUUGAGUCAGUGGAGCCAAAGGGGAAUCCCAUGCCAUUAGAGAAUUAUAGUAUGGUGUUUAUGUAUGGUGUAUUUUUGACAGUGUGACCUGAACUCAUGCCGCCAGUUCAGUUUUACAGCUGAGGCUUUGAAAAGUCAGUUGUUAAAGACAGAGGCAGCAGUCGUUUUAGACGUUAACUCCUUUUAAUGAGUUCAAUCAAUAUCUGUCUAAUGAGUUUUUCUUACUUUAAGACCUUUUCUGACAUUUAUCACUUCGGUAUGUUUAAACCAUUUUUUUCCUGACAAAGCAGGUCCAUCUGGAAAUCUUAGUAUAGCCUCAGCUGGCGAUGCAGGUCUGGAAAGUAGGGCAGGUCUGUUCGAACAAGUGAUAUUACUAGACUGCACUGCAGUGGUUUGGUCGUACAGUUACUCUGAACACCUGACAUCAUUUAUAAUAUAUUCUACCUGAAACGAACGAUGGAUGUAGUUUUCUGUCUGUUACUUAUAGAGUCGUCUUUCUCGGCCUGGUUUGAAGGAUCUUUGCCGUUUAAAUCACCAGGGUUUCAUUUAAAAUGUUGCAAGGGCACACAUUUCCUCAGCCCCCUCCUCCUCCCUCCUUCCCUAUCCUCAAUGUGAGGGUGCAUCUGUCUAAGUAACCCAUCUGCCUGUGCUGUGGUCCUCCCAGUCUCAGUGGGAAGCCAGCUGCUCGGGGCCUUUGUCCCACGCUUACUCUCUGUGCAGCCCUUUGUCAUUACCGCACUCAGGCUGCGGGGAGACUGAAGUGUGAUGCUGCUCCUUCCCCCUUCACUGUAAAGCCAUACACAACUGUGCGCUGUCUUUAUUGUUUCCAUUCAGUAAUGAGAGGAUGAGAAUGAAUUAUUAAUCAUUCAAACAUGAGCAAAAGGAACAGUAGCCUCCACUCUUUGUCUUGGCUUUAUGUACCGUGAAAUAAACAGUAAAUCAGCUCCUGGAGUUCAGAGGUUGAUGUGGAAGAUCUGUGCCCUGACCUGAGGUCUGAGACUCAUCCUGAGUAGCCGACCACUGGAGCCACUACCUCUGUUUGACUCAGCAGAGUGAGGUUUGUGCAGCAGGCUGCUGUGACUCAGCACAGCCACGAGUAUUGUUGCUCGCCCCUGUCAGAGCACAGCGAUUUAUAGAGGGGGGCAUCAGAUGUCCAGCUCAACACGUCAUUCCCCGGCCUUGUGCUUUCAAUCUCCUCCUUUCUCUUUCUUAGCGGGAUGCCUGCUAAUUUAUUCCCUGAUUUCCAUAUGAAGGAAGCUGUGGGAGUGAAUGCAUGAGCGAGAGAGAGUUCAGUCAAACAUUCCUGAUAAUUCCUCUCUGUCUGCUCUCUACCAGAGAAAGGAAGUCUGGGUAAAACAUUCAAGAUGAUGUGAUUUGUGUCAUUUAUCUGGAAAUCCUUCAUUUUGAUUUCCAAUCAUACAACUGUAAAAAUGUCCAUCCUGUCUUUAUUGAUUUGUAUUGUUUGCUGCCUGUGCAGGGAACUAAAGCCAUGACACCACUGAGGAAAUGAAUUGUUCUUGUUCCACGUUGGUGCAUCAACCACUUCCUCUGUGCGGAGCUGACAAUCAGAUGUGGAGAGUGUGUUUGAUUUGGAUUCAAUCCCUCAAUGCACCAUUCAUUCAGAGCUCAACCUCUGCUGUUAGUAAUCCCUGGGUGUGUGUGCAGAGUGACACAUAAAUUCUGUCCUGUUCUGCACCACUGUGGCUGCUGGCUAAGCUUUACUCUGACCUUAUUACACACAAAAAUACACUUAGUGUGCGUUCUAUCAAUGGUCUUUCCCCAUACUUUAGUCUUUGUGUUCCAAUAACUCUCUACCGCUGGGUUGCCUCUGCCUUUGCCGCUUCUGCCGUUCAGUCCUGCUGACUGCAGAUUUUACCAUAUAUGGUCAUUCACUGCACCCUGCCUGACAGCCUUCCAAGACCAUUUCCUCCCUGCCUUGCCAUUGGCUGCUUCAUGCAGUGUCAGUACACAUGUGAAUUCUGGGAUAGGCCGAAAUAUGAAGAGCGGCCAAGAUGAGAGAACUAGGUUGAAGUCAGAUGUUGUCUCUGUCACAGAGUCACAGAGUCAUUGACUGUAUUCUGUAAGGGUUAUAAUACCAGAGCCAUCAUUUUAAUGCUGUGAUCAUUACAGCUCCUGGAUAACUGAAUAAAUGAUCAUUGAUGUUAUUUAUCAUUUCACUGUUUAUAAUCCACUUUAAUAGGAUUCUGAUCUCUGACAUUUUAACACUUUAGGACAGAGAUGUUUUAUGUUUUGAUCAGCAGUGUCAUGUUAGAUUUAAGAGCUGCUGCAGAUCAGAAGUUAAUUCACAGAUUAAGUGGAGAUGCACAUAAAUUCACUAAUCCAGCACAUAUAAAAUCUUCUUUUAAAGGCAUCUCAGUUGAUUUGUUCAUUUUUCUGUUUGUUCUGUCAUCAGUUCGUGCCUUCAGAUGUUCGUUUGGAUUAAGUCUGCGCUUCAGUUGAUCAUUUUUCAGGCUAAUUGGUGCUGGACUCUAUCACAGCAUGCACGAGUUGGACAGGAAGAAUUGGAGACACAGCGGAAGCUCUGUUAUCCUCCCUGUGUACAUAAUUGACAAUCCAUACACCAGGACUGUGCACAACAACAGCACAUCUAUUGCACACAUUUGUAUAACAGGUAUAUAUAUCUCUAGUCGUCGUGUAGAGUGCGUCAGCAUGUUGCUCUGAUCCUAUCAUACAGAUGGAGACUUGUAAAAGUGGAAAUUUCCACAGAGCUCUGAGCAGAAGUGGACAACAUGCAGACCCUUUUAGUGGAGUGCAUGUGUGAAUCACAUGUUGAGCAGCGAGGAGAGGAAGGGUGCCGGCUCCUCGUGUGAAUGAAAGGAAUGUCGUCGCUUGCCUUGAGGGAAUGUUGUCCAUCUAUUUUUUUUUUUCAGUUUUUCAGUGUUGUGCUUUGUAUUUUAUCUCUGCAUGAUUCACUCUCACUUUCUACAGUUUUACUUGUUGCUAUGCAACCGGUUGUUUUCUCGGUUUCAGACAUUCUUUUAGAGAGAUCCAGACGCUCAUGGUCUUGUUAUGGACAUGUAAGGUGCUCCACUGCUGAGCUUCACUACAUACAGAUAGUGUGGGUGUUAUUGUUAUUCUAGUGCUGUCAUUUUUCUCUUAAUCUCCUGAAAAAAUUGCUCCCAAACUUCGAAGCAUGAGGCUGCUGCUCCGGUGUUCUGUCCGUCUCUGGGAGGAUGUUCUUUUCUGGUUUGUCUUCUUUUCUGAUUCACUUUUUUAAAUUCUGUGAAAGUUGUGAUGGUUCGAUGAUGAUGAGGAGUGUGAAGACAAAACCAGAGGAAUAUUAAAAGACCCUUUAACUGCUGUGUUUAUCAGGCUUUCAGUAACAUCCUGAUGCUUAAACCAUAAGUCCUUGCCAUAGGAUUGUCAUGAUAAUCAAAUACUUAACUUUGACGUGUUACUAGUAAAAACAAAGAUGAGCAUCCAGCUGAUCUGGUGGUCUUAGUGUCUUUAAGAUGUAAUAUAUAUACAUAUAGGUUUUGUUGUAUGUGCUUUGAGCGACAACUGAUUUAACUGACAAGCACAGUUUAAUGUGUUACAUCACCUUCAUUACAUUUUAGCAGAACUCUCCAAAAUUCACCCCAGUGUAAGUUCUAACUGUGCCAGGUGUGGACACUUCCCCGCCUUUCUCGUAUGUUUUGGCGCUGCCGCAGGAAAGCCAUAUUUGGUGUCCCUGAAGAAGGUUGUCCUCUCAAGAGGGACAAUUGAUUGAUACCCCUAAACAUAAAAAAAUAAACAACAUACCCUUCUACCUAUACCUGUAUAGAAAAGAGAUUUUUCACAGAAUUUAUGAAAGUUUGAUUUAUUUCUCGUGCUUUCUUUGACAAAUUUAGAAAAAAAAAUGUGCCUUCUGUUUCCGGUCGAUGCUGAAUCAAAGCUCUAAACCCCUGCAGAAUUUUUACUAGUGCUGUCACAGUAUACCGUUAUUGCUAUAUUUAUUUAAUUAUUCAUUUUAGCAUGUUUAAGAUGAGCUUGAAUCGAUACUGUACGUUCAAAGUAGUGGUCCUCAACACUGGUCGCCACAUGUCAUAAAACGCAGCAAGAAGUCAGCUGCCAGCGAUCUAGCUGUAGCAUCCCUCUGAGAAAUGAAGGGAGCACUUUUAAAGACCAGCAUCCCAAGAUUUAUUGUGAAUCAAAAUAAAAGUAAGAGCUUCUGCCUCCUCAUGUCAGUCAUCAAUUAAAACAAACCAACUUGCAAAGCCAUCGUAAAAUGCAAACUUCAAAUAUCUCUGCCACGGUGAACCCCUUUAUCCGCCUCAGUCUCUGCUCCUCCAGAUGGACAGACAGGAGAAUGAAACAAGCUCUCACAGGUUGAUUCACCUGUGCUGCUAUAAAGGAUUUCUUUGCAGUGAGGUUUGUGUCAUGGUCUGCCUCAGGCAUGACUGAAGUCAUAGUUCCCGUUCAACUGUUGAUUGGAUGUGCUAACACUAUCAGGGAUAGAACUCUGUGCAGUCUGCUUGUGUACCUCCUGUGUGUUAUCAGAUGUUUGAACUAGCUGGGAGCAAGAGCUUCUGUGACUGCUCUUCAGACCCGGGAUUUCAUAAUGAUGUAUACAUAUAUCAGACACAAACACAAUUAACACCUCAAAGGGUGCAGUAUUUGACACUCUAGCGGCCGUCUUGCUCUCAUUAGUCACACUCAUACCAGAGCUGCCGGGGCCAAGGUGUGGAAUGUGAAGAACGUGUAGCUCUCUGGACAAACUGUCGGUCCUCCUCUGCCCUGCCGGGUAGAUCAGGGGCUUCGAGAUCUGGGGCUUAGCGCAAGUGUUGGCGGGGUUAUGGUUCAUUGCUAUAAGUCCACCAUAGACGCAAAGAUUUGUUCAAAAAUCAAAGGAUUAAUAUUAUUAUGAUUUGAACUCCUAUGGAGAAUUGGAGACCUUUGAUAGUGAGACUACUUCAAGAGUUUAUCUAAGACUUUAGGAGUAUGCCUGGUGUGGAGUUAUACCCGGAGAAAUGCCAGUUUCUAAGGUCCAAACAGAAAUUGCUUCUUAAGGUGGUCUUUCACAUUGUAGAUUACAGUCGACUCCCGGUUUGCCUUGUUUUAUAAACCACAAUAUCUGCUGUAGUCAUCCUGCACAAAGUGGGAGAUCAACAUAAAUAAAGGAUUUCAGCCCAUCUGGAUAAUGUUCCAUCACAGCGCUCAGAAACCACCGCAGUAGUAUGGCAUCAAUUCAUGUUGAAACAGAGUUAUCUCUCUUAUGUAACAGAAAUGGUCGACUUUGCCAACACGAGUGGUUUAGGACGAGUCUGAACCUGAUCUAUAACUUCUGUUCAGUCAAUGUUGAGUUAAUAUUUUGAACGAAUCUGUAUAAGAAUAAAUAUAUUUAUACUGCUGGCUUAACUUAUCUUCAAGAUGAGCCUCUUUUUUUUUUCAGACAUGUUUAUGCUGUUUCUGUAGUUACACUCAAAAGUCUGUGUCCUCCUGUGCAGGUGAAAUCAUGUGCAGUGCAUUCAGCUUCGAUUUACCUCUCUUCUGUUUUAAAAAUUAAAUAACUACGCUCAAAUUUCACACUCGCAUUGUAAUUUUAUAUCUUCCUUUUUCUGAUCUAAGUAGAAGACGCUGAAAAUAAGGCUUGGCUGCAGAGACGAGGUCACAGGUCUCAUAUUUAAUCUUAAUAUUAUCUGGUAUGAGAUGAUAGUUGAUGACUCUCUAUUGACAGAGGUAUUAAGGUCUGAUUUCUUCCCAGUCAGGGUCGAUUUCAGGGUGUGUUCAGUUGUCUGGGUGAAGCCGAUCUUGUGACGUUGUACACUGUUAACACACACACACACACACACACACACACACACACACACACACACACACACACACACACACACACACACACACACACACACACACACACACACACACACACACACACUGGGCUUAUUCUGUAAUACUCUGGACUUUAAUCUGUAACUUGGAGUGUGUCACCACUGAACUGUGAUUCACCCACUUCUACAGCAUGGUGACCAUAAACAGUCCAUGUUAGUUACAAACCCAGUAUUUUCAUACAUCACAAAGGUCACUUAUGAUGUAUCAUUCAUUGUAAUCCAGUGGCCAUACAUUUAUUUAGUCUUAGUACAUAUACAAAACAUCAGUAGAGUUUUAUAAUACAUUUAUACAGUUAAACUUUUGUCAUGGUUGGGAUGUGUUGGCGAACAAACUUCUUUGUGAGCCACAGUCUGUGAAUUGCACUUAGAUGCUGAAGGCCAUUAUUUUACUGUCUACUGGAGUUUCCAUCCUUUUGAAAGCUUUAAUUGAUGGCAUGAAAUCAGUCGGACCAUAAUGUGCAGUUUGGGGUCAGCUUGGUCUCCUUGGAGCUUUGACACCGCUGUCAGUCGAGAUUCAUCUUCAUAGCCAGAGCUCACUUGACUAAAGUAACGCUCAGGUCUUGGCGGCUCUCAUCAUAUCUUGAGUGAUUUGAAUGAAUGCAAGUAAACUGAUGGUGCUCAGGAUCCAGAUAUUUAAUGUCCACAGCAGUGUUGAGAAAAUAAUCCUGAUGAAACCAACAGUGAUGUUAGAUAUCGGUGAAGGUGUGUGUAUCGGGGCUGUUGCAAAGUGCUGCCCAGUCUUCAGUCUUCAGCACAUCACACCAUGUAUGAAUAAGAGCUUAAAUCUGUUGUUUUAUUUAUGUGUUUAUAUGUUCAUUGAAGCCUGUUUUGAUCCAAGUGUUUGUGUUUUUAGUCGUCACUGAAAACACGUCACGGAUUAAGUCCUUCUUGACUGCUCUUGUUGUUAUUCCCUCGGUGAUCGUAGUGACGCUUCAGGCUGAGGGAUUUUUUCUUCCUCCUUUUUUUUUAUUAAGAAAGCCAUCAUGCUUUAAAUAGGACUCCAGCCAGUGGCAGCAGGACUCUUUCCACACUUAGUGACAUCAUCUCUUGCCCUGUAGCCGUACUUUAAGUCAAGACACAUUAGGGCGUGUCUCAGACCAUUUACAUUGGCAGCAUGCGCUCACUAAGUCACUGGUCAGCUUGUAGUGACCACCUGGUAUUCCUGCCUCAUAGGGUGAAAUAAUGGAGAGUGUUCAGAAUGUAAUUUGUUGUCAUUAUUUGUGCGUGUGGAUUAUGUAUGUGGCGUAUUGACUUUGAUCCACUUGAUGCACAAACUAAGCACCUCUUGGCACGUGUCUACUGUAUAACGACGUCACCAGCUCUAAUAACUUUCCUUAAUUACUCUGGGUGGUCCAAAACAGAUUCAAACUAAUCUCAGUUUACUUCUGCGCACCACCACUAAAACCCUAGCUCCUUUUUUUGGCUGAGUGACAAAGAGCAGAAAGCCAAGUCUGGAUAGUGUGUGUCGGUAUUAAGUUUAGAUUUACUUUUCAGUGUAGUAGUUCUUAGUUUAAAAACUUGCAACCUAAGAAGACUUGUGUUUAUCUGUUCUAUUUAAAUUAGUUCUUUUCUGGUUAAUUAAGGUUAAGUGUGUAUGUUAUGAAUCCUCUUCAUUUCACAGGUGGGGUUGAGUAUUAUUCUGUCAUUGUCUUGUUUCAUAACCCGCUCCCUCCUCCAGCAUGGACACCCUUCUCAAAGACUAAUCCCGUUACUCUGUUUUGUUUAUCUUUGUCUUUACAGACGGGCCGCAUUGACAAAUCCUACCCCACAGUGUGUGGUCACACGGGCCCGGUGUUAGACAUUGACUGGUGUCCACACAAUGAUCAGGUCAUCGCCAGCAGCUCUGAGGACUGCACAGUGAUGGUAAGCUUCGCCUCUCCACCUUUAACACGUGAGCUCACACUCAGACCCUUUAAUUAUGCAAAAAUCAUCCACCCCCAUCCUUUAUGGAAUAAACGACAUGAGACAACACGCUUUUUAUUGCGAAAGGCCAGACUGUUGUAACAAAGGGAUGGGUGCAGACCUCACCCUCUGGAUUAGAUUAGGCUCAAAUAUGUGUUGCAGGAAUCAGAGCUGGGGAAUGAUUUAGCUGUUUAUUGAGCUGAGGUCACCGACUUUUCUGAGACUGCAGUUGUACUUUCCUCCAUAUGUCCUUAUUUGGGCUGUGAAAGGCUGAGAUAAGUGUGCUGCCUGUUUACGUAUGCUGCCACCACUUACCUGAAAGUCCUGACUUCCUGUUAAACCGACCCUGAAUCAAUGCCAUAUUCAUUUCAUGUUUGCAGAAGUAUAAGCUGUGUGAAAAGGGGCCAUCAAUGGUUCCUCUCUUUAAGUAUUUAACCUUUUCGAAGGGGAAGUUCACCUCCGAAAAUGGCUUGUGGAAAUGAUUAGGUUGGAUUAAGCAGUGAUGGGAAGUGGAACUGGUGCGCACAGCAAACUGUUGGAGAAAGUCCGGACAUGGAAGUAGCUGCACGCUUUUUUUAAAAAUUACAAAUAGAUUUUUAUCGUCACAACACAUUUGAGUCACAGCAGACAUCAGUGUGAGUCAUAACAGGCUAUCCAGUGCUGCCCUGCAUCUUAACACUGUCAUCUUCUGCCUUAUAAAAUCACAGAAACACUCAUUACUUUAAUACUCAUACAGUAUAUUGACGCAUUAAAACAGGGUAAUGAAUAAUUAGCAGUGCUGCUCAAUUUAAGUUUAUGAAUACAUUGACUGGUCUGGUCUGGUCCAGGCAUGAUGAUACAUGAAGCAGAAAAAGUAUAGCAACAAAAGUCCCCUGUGUAUCCAUUUACAAAGAAAGUCAAACUUAAAAUCUUCUCAUCAUCACCCAAAGAGGAAUCAUGACUGUAAAUAUCAGGACUUUUCUUUCAAUACCAUGAGAUAUAUGUAAUUUUAAUUAUGGUGUGAGAACAGAAAUUAGAGAAAUUCUGUCAGUCAUCACCUACAAAACCUGAAUUUGAUGUGAAGGUGUGUAUCUUAUUCUGGACAUGCUGUGACUGCAUUAAAGAAAGACUACUGUUGUGAAACUGUAUGUUUUGAAGUUAUCAAAUCAAAGGAGCUGAAUGUAGUUCAUAUACAGUAUAUCUCUUCACACAGUAAUGUGCUGUUAUUUAAAACUGAAUUCUUGGUCACUGCUGCCCCCUUCAGGUUCCUUCUGGUAACCACACUUUAGUGUACUCACUGUCGGAGUUCCGUUACGAGGUUGAGUCUGAUGCAUUCAAAUCUAUGAGAACAUUUAAUUUUCAGAGUACAAGGUUAAAAAAUGUGUGAAACAGUUUCUAGAGUAAUAAGAGGAGGGUCGUUCCUACAUGAAGCAGGAGUGGAAGUGUAACUCCUGCGUGCUGUAAGGAACAAAAAGGCAUGAUAUUUAGAAAAAGUACACAUUAAUUUCAGGCCUUAAUUAUAUUGCGAUUAUCAAAUUUGCACUGACAACCAUAAGUAAAAACACGCGUCCUUUCACCUGUUAUUGUUGUCUGUCCAUCUCCUGAUGUCUGUCCUGCUUGUCCUUCACAGGUGUGGCAGAUUCCGGAGAAUGGCCUUGUUACUUCUCUGUCUGAGCCUGUAGUGGUUUUGGAAGGCCACUCCAAGCGUGUUGGCAUCAUCACAUGGCACCCAACAGCACGCAAUGUCCUGCUCAGUGCAGGUAAAAGACCUUGUUUAUGUCCUGAAAUAAGUCUUCGAUCCUUGAUAUGUCUCUGUGUUGACUGAUAACUUAAAGACAUAGUAUUGUAUGUGACUUUUCUAUGACACUGACCUGCUCACCCCGUCCUCAGGUUGUGACAACCAGAUCAUCAUCUGGAACGUCGGCACAGGAGAGGCCAUGAUCAACCUGGAGGACAUGCACCCUGAUGUCAUUUUCAACGUGUGCUGGAACCGCAACGGGAGCCUCAUCUGCACCUCCUGCAAGGACAAGUCCAUCCGUGUCAUCGACCCCCGCAAGGAGGCCAUUAUUGCUGUGAGCACUUUUCAAAGUCUUUGUUAGGACAGGGGAGGGGGUUGCUUUGAGUCACGUUUCUUUUUAAUGCUGUUGAUGAUGUUAUUUUGUUUUUAACAGUUAUGCACUUUGAGUUUGAAAUGUUCCUCUACUUCACAGGAGAAGGAGAAAGCACAUGAGGGAGCACGGCCCAUGAGAGCCAUUUUCCUUUCUGAUGGCAACAUCCUGACCACUGGUUUCAGUCGCAUGAGUGAGAGGCAGCUCGUCCUCUGGAACGCGGUGAGCACGACAACAUUUCUAGUGUGGCAUUUAAUUUAAUCUAAAUUCAAUCAUCUUAAACUUUAUUUUUUUAUUAUUUUUUGAGUUUGUUAGAGCGAGAUUCUCAUUUAAAAACUGGUUGGAAUAAGUUGUCUUAACAACUGCUUUUAGCUGUUUUAGACGUUCCUUUCUAAACAUUAUGUUUUUGAAUCCCAGAAGAACUUUUCUGAAUCUUCUGUUUUUAUUCCAGCAAAACAUGGAGGAGCCCAUGACUGUUCAUGAGAUGGACACCAGCAACGGCGUACUGUUGCCCUUCUAUGACCCCGACACCAACGUUGUUUACCUCUGUGGGAAGGUAAGUUAUCCUUCAAGCACUUGAUAUAUAAAUCAAGCUGAAUCAACAGAAUGCAGAAGUAAAACCCUUCAUUAUCUCCUGACAGGGUGACAGCACCAUCCGCUACUUUGAAAUCACGGACGAGUCUCCAUACGUCCACUAUCUCAGCGCCUUUUCCACCAAGGAGCCUCAGAGAGGCAUGGGCUACAUGCCCAAGAGAGGCCUUGAUGUCAAUAAGUGUGAAAUUGCAAGGUAGGUGUAGUUCCAAAGACGGUGGUGGUUAAUUGUCAUUGCUGACACCAGAGUGUGUCUGCAGUGUCUAUUAACAACUAGCUGUAAUCCGCAGCUCCUAGUUUGACCACAGGGUGGCAGACAUCAGUCACUGAUCUCUGUAGUUGUUCAUUUCUGCUCUAAAUCGAGGGUAAAUUUGUUUUUUGUGUUGGUAGGUUCUUCAAACUUCACGAAAGGAAGUGUGAACCCAUCGUGAUGACCGUGCCCAGAAAGGUGAGCUCAUAGUCCAGGUGUCCACUUCACCCAGAGUAACCAGAGCUCUAAUUUCUUUGUCGCAGACUGAAGCUUCGUCUUAAACUUGCUGGUUAGUUAUAAAGUUUUCUGUCCUUUUUUUCUUCAGUCCGACCUUUUCCAGGAUGACUUGUACCCGGACACAGCAGGUCCAGACCCUGCCCUGGAGGCCGAGGAGUGGUUCGAGGGCAAGAACGGAGACCCCAUUCUCAUUUCCUUGAAGAACGGCUACGUCCCGAUCAAGAACCGUGAAUUCAAGGUGGUGAAGAAGAACAUUCUGGACAGCAAGGUGACCAAGAACUCGGAAAACUCAUGCCCUGCCAACAAGUCUGCCUCCCCAACCCCAUCAAUCGUGAGUAUUGCUGACUUUUGACUCCCACCUCAGUCUUAGUAAUCAAUACACAUCUAAUGCACUCCUAGCUUGUCUUCGCUGCUCUCAGCAUCAUAUAGACAAACUUUAUGAGUUCAUGGUGCUGCAGUCUGCUGCUGGCUGUGUCCAUUAGGUAGUUUGUAAAUGUUGUUCAGCCCACCACAAACUGAGGGGUCUGCUGCUGCUGCUGGGCGUCCUGCUGCACCUCACCCACAACACAGCCACCAGCCUGGGACCCAGCCCAUGUGUCUCUCUGCAGCUCUGCUCUGUAAUCACGGCCCACUGGGCUCCAGUUCUGGCCAAACAUGUUAACCCCCAGAGCGCCAGUCUAUGCCAGUCUGUACACAGUUUCUGAGUCAGCUAAGGUUCGAGUAUAUUGCAUCCACAGUAGGCUGAUUGUCGUCGUAUUGUGAGAGAAAUGUGUACUAACAUGCCAACAAGUCUCACUGGUCUUUUGUUUGACCCACAGAAAUCUGAAGCCAAGCUGGAGGAGAUCUUAAAGGAAAUCAAAUCCCUCAAGGACCUGGUCAGCAGUCAGGAGAAGCGAAUCAUCAAACUUGAAGAGCAAAUGUCCAAAAUCGCCAUUUAG